AUGAGUUUACUAGGAUAUAUUUACAUCUAUUUGCUAGGUGGCAUAACAUUCAUACCAAUAGUUAUAUUUCUGUUUAUUUAUCUUCACCCAUUAGUAGAUGAAGCCAGUGAUGAAAUCGAUGAAGGAGAGAAGAAAGUGAAUGUUGGAGAAAUCGAAGAAAAGGAAUCAACGGGAUUGAAAACGUACAGAUCGGGAUGGAUCACUGUUACACAGGAUUAUAUUGAGUCAAUUGAAGAUAUUUCUUCGAACACUCAGUCAAUAAGUGAAUCAGCUGAAAACAAAUCAGCCUAUUCUUCGUUAUACAAAUUAGUUAAGAAUUCUGAUACGGAAUCAUCAUCCACAGUUGAAACUUCUAAUAUACCGAUCGAGGGAAAAAGUGAUACUACAGUUAAGAAAUCACAAAAGAAACACAGAUUUUAUGCGGUUCUUAAACAUGGUAAUUUGUUUCUAUACAAGAAUGAGAGUUUGAAGGAUGUUAAGCAUGUUAUUGUGUUGUCUAAUCAAGUAGUUUCCGUAUGGCCGCGAGAUAUACCAGAUGGCCAACUUUUCACCAAAGCUACGGCUAUCUGUAUUAUGAAACGAGACUGGUCAAGAAAGAGAAGAAUGUCAGAAGAAUUUGAGAAUGAAAUGAUUACUACAAGCGACAUCUUGACGAUGAACUUGCAACCACCAUCGGGAUCUAUAUUUGUAUACUGUGAUACUAACAUUGAAAAAGAAGAUUGGUAUUUUAGCUUAGUAAAAGCUACUAAGACGGAAUCAGAAUCUAAGAACUUAAAUCCUCUGGUAUACGCAAAGACUUUACAUUUCGAAACGGAUGAUAUGAUUAGUCUAAUUCAAACGUUAUACAGCUCGGAGGGCCAGUGGCAGACAAAAUGGUUAAAUGCAAUGAUAGGUAGAUUAUUCUUGUCUUUACAGAAAACUGAGUUUUUGAGGGAAUUCUUGAAGAACCGUUUGAAUAAAAAAUUAAAUAAGAUCAAAAAGCCUGGAUUUUUGGACACUUUCAAGCUUGUCAAGCUAGAUGCUGGAGUUGCUGCUCCUUUUAUAACCUGGCCAAGCCUACGUGAAAUCAAUCCUAAUGGAGACCUUGUUGUCAAAUUAUUUUUUCAUUACCAUGGAAAGUUAUCAUUUCAAAUAUCGACGAAGGUUAAUAUUAAUCUUGGUUCACGAUUCAAGCCUAGGGAGGUUGAUCUAUUAUUAUCAAUUACCAUUGAAAAGCUAGAAGGUCCAAUGUUGGUAAAGUUUAAACCUCCACCAUCUGAAAGAAUUUGGUAUUCAUUUGAAGGUGAGCCUUUGAUCAAUUUAAAAAUUGAACCAAUAAUAAGUUCGAGACAGCUCACAUAUAACAUAAUUACCAAUUCAAUCGAGAAGAAAUUAAAAGAAGCUAUUAAGGACUCGCUCGUUUUACCACAUUGGGAUGAUUUUGUAUUUUAUAAUACUACGAAUGAAAUAUAUAGAGGUGGGAUUUGGGAUAAAGAUAUUAGACCAAAUAAAAGAGUAGACAAAAAUGAAUCUUUGGACAUUGAAGAAUCACAACAGCAGUCAGAAGAAGAUGCUGAUUCGAUAAUCGAAGGAAGUAAUUUGCCAAAGCAAACCACAUCAAGCAGUUUAGCAGUAAAUAAAACAGGAGAUAUUGUACCGCCUGUGAAAUCCAAUACCACAAUUUCAAAACUAAGAAUCUCAAAUACUUUAAAUGAUAUUUCCAAGAAAAUGAAAAAACAAAAAUCAAAUACAACUCUUGGCGUAAACGAAGACAACUACUAUUCUGACGGAUCGUUCGUCGAAUCUUCUAAAACCAUCGAUCAUGAUUUAUCUGACCCGACCAAUAAUAAAAAGUCGACUAUCAAUACAUUGAAGAAAAUUGGAAAAUGGUACUUUAAAGAUGAGAAAUCGAUUCCAGAAAAUGAGAAUUAUACACCUCCAGAAAUGAUUCUGAGUCGGAGAGCAGUUAAGAAAUCUGGAUUAGAUACUUCGAAGUUCCUUCAGAAUUCGGAUUUACCUUCAUAUGAGAUGUUCAAUAAAGACUUGAAUUAUGACAAUACUUCAAAGGAGGCAUAUAAUCAAAUUAAUUCUACGGGAAGAUCAAGAGGAAAUUCUAAAUUAAGUUUAAGUAGUACAGAAAAGCUGUUAAGUUUAAAUAAUGAUCAUGAGGGAGUUAUUAAUGGCUCUGUCGAAAAUCAGCCGAUUGGAUUAAACAUUGAUAUCGAUGAUAGUGAUAAUCUUAACCUAAAGGAUGACUCAAAAGUUGCUUUAUCAUCAGCCUUUUCUCCUACUAAUGUAAGUAUUUUAUCUGAAAGUUUGACUGAAGAGCACCAUUUGCCACAUCAGAGACACAGAAAACCUCCCCCUGAACCUGUACCAAAGACUCCUCCACAAUUGCCCCCAAGAGAGAUCAAUGGAAUCAUUGAAGAUAUUUCCAGACUACUGAACACCUCACAAGGAAACAAAGUGAACGUAAUAAAUGAAGCACAAGAGGUGAAAAAGGGAGAACUUGAAAAUAGAAGUAACGAGAAUGAUAAUGAUAUAGAUGAUCUAAGUAUUUAG